GCAUUCAUUACAAAUCUUUUGCGCUUCCGUUGAAUGCCCAGACGUGAAGUUUCGCGGCAAUAAAGCUCUCGUGAGUCGUGCUGCAUACAUCACAUCCUUAACUUUUUCGAAAUUAAAUGCCGAAGGGAGACGACGUCAAACAAUUAGUAUUCAAAAGUUAUUUUAACAAAUUUUCUCAUACCUCGUAGUUCUCCAUCGGCACUUGCUAUUCGAAUUAGCGGAAUUCAUAAUGCGUGAAAUAGUUCAUCUGCAAGCUGGCCAGUGUGGCAACCAGAUUGGUGCUAAGUUCUGGGAAGUGAUCUCUGAUGAGCACGGCAUCGACCCCACCGGCACAUACCACGGUGACUCUGAUCUGCAGCUGGAGCGCAUUAAUGUCUACUACAACGAAGCGACGGGUGGCAAGUACGUCCCGCGGGCGGUGUUGGUGGACCUUGAGCCGGGCACGAUGGAUUCUGUUCGCUCCGGUCCCUUCGGACAACUCUUCCGGCCUGACAACUUCAUUUUUGGACAAAGCGGAGCGGGUAACAAUUGGGCCAAAGGUCACUACACUGAAGGCGCCGAACUGGUCGACUCGGUGCUGGAUGUCGUACGGAAGGAAGCGGAGAGCUGCGACUGCCUGCAGGGUUUCCAGCUGACCCAUUCCCUUGGCGGAGGCACCGGAUCCGGCAUGGGCACGCUGAUGAUCUCCAAAAUCCGCGAAGAGUACCCCGAUCGCAUUAUGAACACUUUCAGUGUUGUACCCUCACCCAAGGUCUCCGACACGGUAGUGGAGCCUUACAACGCUACCCUCUCCGUCCACCAACUGGUGGAAAACACCGACGAGACAUUUUGCAUUGACAACGAGGCAUUGUACGAUAUCUGUUUCCGCACGUUAAAGCUGACAACACCUACGUAUGGGGAUCUGAACCAUCUGGUCUCGGCCACAAUGUCAGGCGUAACCACAUGUCUACGUUUUCCCGGCCAGUUGAAUGCGGACUUGCGCAAGUUAGCGGUGAACAUGGUGCCCUUUCCGCGAUUGCACUUUUUCAUGCCCGGAUUUGCACCGCUGACGUCGCGCGGUUCGCAGCAGUACCGGGCGCUGACCGUUCCUGAAUUAACACAGCAAAUGUUCGACGCCAAGAACAUGAUGGCGGCUUGCGACCCUCGCCACGGCCGCUACUUGACGGUGGCGGCUAUCUUCCGCGGACGGAUGAGUAUGAAGGAAGUGGACGAGCAGUUGCUAAACAUUCAGAACAAGAAUAGCAGUUACUUUGUGGAAUGGAUUCCCAACAACGUCAAGACAGCGGUCUGCGACAUUCCGCCGCGGGGACUGAAGAUGUCGGCCACCUUCAUCGGAAACAGCACAGCCAUUCAGGAGCUAUUUAAGCGGGUGUCGGAGCAGUUUACCGCCAUGUUCCGCCGCAAGGCUUUCCUUCAUUGGUACACCGGUGAGGGCAUGGAUGAAAUGGAGUUCACAGAAGCCGAGUCUAACAUGAAUGAUCUGGUGUCGGAGUAUCAGCAGUAUCAGGAGGCCACCGCUGAGGACGAGGGCGAGUUCGAGGAGGAGGGUGAAGGCGGAGAAGCGGAGGGAUAAAAAAAUGAUAGGGCGGUUGGGAUGCCUACAGUACUUUGUACCUGAUUGAUUCUGGUCUAAUUAAUGGUUAAUUAGUUGCUGUUAUAUCUACAGCCAGUUUGUGGUUUGUGAUGAUCAGUGAUGACGUUUUCUGUUGUAACAGUCACCUACGAAGUUUCUUAGUGCGCCCUACGUAGCAACAUACCAUGCAUUUAACAACAAAGAACGUAAAUUA